CUUCUUGUUGUUUGUUCAACUUCGACUUUUCAUUUCAUUUCAACAGUUGGGGUGAUCGAUGAUGGACCCGAAAGUUUUCUGCUCGAAUGGUGGACUGUGUUUUGGGCGAUGUACAGUUCUCUGUUUGGAGGAAACCCUCGGCCUGUCGGAGGAUCCUCUGAUCAGGCAGGCAGAAUGUCAGGGAACGAGCAACAACAAAGUGAUGCUCUGGCAGUGCCAAACCCUGGCACAAAUCAGACGAGGACCGGGCAUCUUCAUGCUGACAGAAUGGCGGCCCAAUGCUCGGCGACGGCUUCAAGAAUGUUAACGGGCGAUUCUAGUAGGCUUCAUCACGGAGGCUUUAACUCUAACCAAAUUCCGCCGCCUGAUGAUAAAGCUACCCUGGCAAUGCUGCCUCCAAGCCAUUCUCAUUCUUUGGGAAUGCAAUUUUCAAGCCAAGCCUCUGCUGUAGGAUUGACAUCUUCAACCGGUGCUCAUACUGGCUCCUCCCAGCAGCAAAUUCCUGAUAAUGCUCCCAGGUGGACUGCAAGAGAUACGCACUGUGGUGUUAGUUUGGGGGAAACUGGCUUUUGGGGUUCAACACUCUAUGGUUCACAAAGCAUGUUUCCGGGAGCAAGACUUAUUGGGGCUGGGACUGGAAAUGGGGCCAAUUCAAUGCUUCUGGAAGGAUGGCCCUUGACAGGGGUGUCGCAAAUUCCUCCUUCGGUGAUGUUGCCAGCACUAAAUUCCAUCUUACCAAUGCCAAAUCAGCAGCAACCAGUUCAGACAUCAAUGGCUCAUCACGAGCAAGUGCUUUUAGCUGAAGAGAUGGCAAAAACACCAGGGAACCAAAUUUCUUAUUUUGAGCGGAGCACUGAUACAUUUGGGAAUGUGAUGCUUCCUAUGGGUGACUUAAGGAAGACAGAUGCUCAGACGUUGAUUCCUGCGACACAAACAAGUGCACAACAAGGGAUGACCAUACAACAACAAAUUUCAAUCCCUCUAACACAAACAGAAGUGCAGAUGAUAAUGAUUCCUGUUGGACAAAGUGCAGGGCAACAACAAAAUAAUCAACUGACACAACAGCAUUCACCUGAGGACGCUAGGAAUGCAAAGGACGACUCAGAUGACAGCUACUUACAGUAUUUGUCCAUUGACGAAGACAUUGCUAUUGCUAUGAACACUCCUUUCAGCACAUUGCCAGGAAGCUCUACCGCUGGCAACAUGAACGAACAGGAUGGGUUCUCUUUACAAGAGAUUGGUCGUCUCCUGUCAAAAAAAGGUGCCAUUGUUUGUUGUGAUUUUUCAUCUGAUGGAGAGCUCUUAGCAACUGUUGGUCAUGGAGAAAAGGUCUAUAUCUGGAGUGUGAAAGAAUUUGAUUGCAUUAAGCAUGGAGAAGGACAUUUUGGUCUAAUCACUGACAUUCGGUUUAGACCAAGUUCAAGUUUUUUUGCCACAUCUUCUUUCGACAGGACAGUGCAAAUAUGGGACGCAGAUAGACCAAGAAGACCUGUUUUUCCGCUUGUUGGGCAUACUGGAAAAGUGACAUCAAUUGAUUUUCACCCGGUAAAUUCAGAUAUUCUUUGUUCCUGUGACAAUACUGAUCAGAUUCGCAUAUGGCACGUCAACAGUACUUCUUGCGCACAUGUCUUUAAGGGAGGAAGUAGACAAGUUAGAUUCCAGCCUCAAAGUGGAGACCUUUUGGCUGCUGCAUCAGAAAAUGCUAUCAAAUUGUUCGAUGUUCAGACUAACACCCUUCUGUGCUGCUUGGAGGGACAUCUCAACGAAGUUAAUUCAAUUUGCUGGGAUACAAGUGGGAAGUACAUGGCAUCCGUCAGCGAAGACAGUGCACGGAUAUGGUCAGUUGCAUCAUAUGGAAAACCCAUACAUGUAUUGGAUUGUCGGGGAAACAGGUUUGGAGCAGGCAUAUUUCAUCCUGGUUAUUCUCAGCUCUUGGUUGUUGGGUCUUACCAGGCGCUUCAACUGUGGAAUCCAACUUUGAGCAACCAGACUUUAGCUAUCCCUGCCCAUGAGGAUGUAAUAUCUACACUGGCUGACUGCCCUCUGGCUGGAGUGUUUGCCUCAGCUGGGAAAGAUGAAUUUGUAAGAAUAUGGAGAUGAGUCCAAUUGCUUAGUUAGAUACAAGAAUUAAGCCAUAGAUGGUGCUUUGAAAUU